GCAUGACGUACAAACUGAGGCAGAUCAACAGCCAAGGAGACAGGUACGGGAAUCUCACCGGCAUAUCAAAGCUCUGCUUGUGGGUGGUACUUAUGUCAAUACGAGCUCUAGUUUGGCAGACCGAGAUUCCUAAUGAUAAACACAACGCUGGAUCUUGGCAUAUGUGAUGACAGUUCCUUGUCAGUCCAAAAAUAGGGAGUGAUGCAUCUAUGAACCGAUACUGGCAAAUGAGGGCGGACUUGUGUGUCGAACUAGCAGUCAAGGCAAUAUGCACUACUGCACUUGAUGAGAGUUGAUAAGACUACCUAGGUUGCUAUUCUACGCAUCUGCCUAUUGUACUCUAUAUGACCAAUGAGCAAUUAGCCCACUGGCUUCUCAUUACGUGGCAAAGAAAACAGGGUGAAAAGCGUAUGAGAGAUAAACCUGUUGAGUUAUUGAAUAUUACCAGCGCCUCGAACUGCAAAUCACAUGCACCCUGUCUAGUCCUCAACUAUAAAUUCUCCCCCGGACCACAUUGUCAACCGAAACUGUUUUAGGGAUAUCAAUGACAUGCUGCACAUAUUGCGCUCUGAGUCCGGAUUAAAACAAGCUUACCCACUCGGUUCUUUGUAAUCUCAGACCCUAGCCUUAUCACAUUACUCCAAAUAUGGCUGUCUCAAGCUUGGACUACCGUCAAUUUACUUCGGGGAGCAAAGCGGGGCGUGAAGAGUUCGCUCAUACAUUGCUCAACAGCUUUGAAAGAACUGGGUUUGCCAAGCUCCACGGCCAUACAUUCAGUGAACAAGAAGUGAAAGAAUUGUUUAUAUGGAGCCACAAAUUCUUCAACCAGCCCAUGGAAGCGAAGAACAAGAUUCCGAACGAACCAGGACCAAGGCCUAUGCGUGGUUACACUCCAUGGAGAGUCGAGGAAGUUGGAAAGCUUCACUAUGAUGAGAAAAUCCGGAACAUGACGGACUCGAAGGAGCAUUUUGACCAAGGACCUGAAUAUGACACGGAAUUUCCCAACAAAUGGCCCGAGGACCCCGAGUUAUCCGGCUUUCGGCCCUUUAUGGAAGCCUUUUACCGCAAAUGCGAUGAGAUCUGUUUAAAGCUUAUGGAGGCCCUGGAGGUCGCCUGGGGCAUUGAGGAUGGGUCGCUGGUCGCGCGCUGCAUUCCCAGUGCCACCGAUCUUCGACUGACGCACUAUCCCGCAAUCACUGUCGAGGAGAUGCAAUCGGGCCGCACCAGCCGCAUCGCGCCACACACCGAUUUCGGUCCCAUCACGUUGCUGUUUCAAGAUAGCACCGGAGGGUUGGAGAUUGAGGACCGAAGUAAUCCGGAACCUAACUCCUUUGCUCCCAUGCCACCGACGGAGAUAUCAGAAAUGAUUAUCAAUGUUGGCGACACACUGACGCGUUGGACGAACGGAAAUAUCACCGGCGGGAUCCACCGGGUCACUACUCCGGAGGCGAUGAAGCAUGAGAACGGCGUGACUAUACCAUCUCGAAUGUCUAUGGCCUAUCUGUUUAAGGCGGACCGCAAUGUCUCCGUUGGCCCAUUGCCCAAAUUUGUUUCACGUACGGAACCGGCCCGUUACCCGGACAUCACCGCCCUUGAGUUCCAAAAAUGGAGGAACAGCAUAGUGUACAGUCUCGACAAGAAGCAAUAUCCGAAUGGGGUUGAAGGCUUGACUGCCUUCGCUGAAGGCUACGCCUGACGAAGAAGAUAAUAAUGUGACAAAUUCUCGAAAAAUAUGAUCAGCAAGAUUCUGGAGGAUCCAGUAUGAGAAGGCAUACUUUGUCAUUGGGUACCAUAUAGCUCAAACUCAUGAAUCAGUU